CCCGGGCGGAGAGGCGCAGGAGGGAAGAAGCUGGCCUGCUGGUUGAAGAUGGCGGACGGUGACAGUGGGAGUGAGCGCGGCGGCGGCGGCGGGGGAGCGGGCAGCGGGACCGGGUUCCAGCACUUCCAGCGGGAGCAGGACACGCAGGAGCUGGCUUCCAAGAGGCUCGACAUCCAGAACAAGCGCUUCUACCUGGACGUGAAGCAGAACGCCAAGGGCAGGUUCAUCAAGAUCGCCGAGGUCGGGGCCGGGGGCUCCAAGAGCCGCCUGACCCUCUCCAUGUCCGUGGCGGCCGAGUUCCGCGACUACCUCGGCGACUUCAUCGAGCACUACGCCCAGCUCGGGCCCAGCAGCCCGGAGCAGAUCGCGCAGAGCUCCGGGGGGGAGGACGGCGGGCCUCGCCGGGCCUUGAAAAGCGAGUUCCUGGUCCGAGAGAACCGCAAGUACUACCUGGACCUGAAGGAGAACCAGCGCGGGAGGUUCCUCCGCAUCCGGCAGACCGUCAACCGCGGCCCGGGGUUCGGACUCGGCGGGGGAGGAGGCGGGCCGGGCGGGGGCAUGCAAUCCGGGCAGACCAUCGCUCUCCCCGCGCAAGGGCUGAUCGAGUUUCGAGACGCCCUGGCCAAACUCAUCGACGAUUACGGGGGAGAGGACGAGGAGCUGGCCGGCGGCGGAGCGGGGGGAGGAGGGGGGCCCGGCUACAGCGAGCUGCCGGAGGGGACCUCCAUCAUGGUGGAUUCCAAACGCUUUUUUUUCGACGUGGGCUCCAACAAGUACGGGGUGUUCCUGCGAGUCAGCGAGGUGAAGCCCAGCUACAGAAACUCCAUCACCGUGCCCUUCAAAGCGUGGGGCAAGUUCGGGGGAGCCUUCAGCCGCUACGCCGAGGAGAUGAAGGAGAUCCAGGAGAGGCAGCGGGAUAAACCGUACGAGAGGCGGGGCGGGGAGGAAUCGGAGGAAGACGAGGCGGAGGACGAUUGACUCUGCCCCGGUUCAGCCGCUGAUUACCCCCCAGCCGCACACGAGAAACACGCCGUAUUGACUUUACUAAACUACCCAGUUCAAGAUUACAACUCGGGGCUAGCAACGAGAGAGCGAUCCAAUGCAACACGCAAAAACAAAACAGGGGGGGGGGGUUUAAAAAAAAUACGUGCAUGACGAAUCGAACAUUUUAAAAAGAAUGAAACUAAAAUCUUAUCGGAGUGAAUGCAGUUGACAGCUGAUAUAACAAAACAAGUGUGGUUUCAAAAGAAAUAUAUAAUAAUACUACAGUCUGUUAAAGGGGCUGUUUUUUUGGUAAAAAUUAUUAUUAUUAUUGUUAUUGGAUGGUCUGAUUCUGGAAAAAAAUAUAUAUAAUUUCUUUUGGAUAUUAUAAUUGCAUUUCUCUUUCUCGCAAUAACCGUUUUUUCCUCUGUGCAAACCAGCGUUUUUUUUUUUUUUUUGUAACCUGUGUGAUGUUUUAAAGAUGCCGUGGUUUAUAAAUCCUUUAAAAAAAAACAAAAAAAAAAAAAACAAAACCAAAAAAAAAAAAAAAAAAAAAAAAAAAGUUUAUUCAUUGCUUUUAACAGAAACGAAAAGAAGAAAGUAAUCGCACACACCCACGAGUACUAUUAUAUAUACCCAUGUACAUACAGCCUGGGGUUUUAAACGGGGAGAUGCACGGUUUAAAUACAUCGAUCUUCCCGUUAAACAAAACCAGCACACCCUUGUGUAUUUUUUGUAAUAGUUUUUACACAGUGUCUGAAGCCGGGGGGGGGGGGGGCGCAUUCCCAGCUCUCCUUUGAAGGCAAUUUU